AUGUCAUUUGGAAGCCCAUUUUCCAUGGAACUUGCAAAAGAAUUUGUUGAGUUCGUCAAUAAAGCCUGCACCCCGUUUCAUGCAGUUGAAGUUAUUUCUUCAUGGUUGCUUGAAGCAGGAUACAAAAGACUCAAGGAAGAUGAGCCAUGGCCUUCUAUUUUGGUGGGCGAUCGAUAUUUUGUCACGAGAAAUGAUAGCAGUCUGGUCGCCUUUUCUGUGGGAGGCAAAUUUGAACCCGCUAAUGGUGUAAAGAUUGUGGGGGCCCAUACGGACUCGCCCAAUCUUGCAUUAAAACCAAGAACGAGGGCUGAUAAAGGGGAAUAUCAGGGUAUUGCGGUCCAAUGUUACGGUGGUGGGCUAUGGCAUACUUGGUUUGACAGGGAUUUAACGGUUGCUGGCAGGGUGUUUUUAUCUUCGCCUAAAUUGGAAAAACGCCUUGUGAACUUAAAGCGACCAAUUGUAAGAAUUCCUUCCCUUGCAAUUCACCUUCAAACUGCCCAAGAACGUGAAGGAUUUGCACCAAACAAAGAAAAACACUUGGUUCCCAUUAUUGCAACAGAGGUUUCAGGAGCAUUAAAUGGAGAUAACGACAAGCGUCAUAGUUUUCAUCUUAUGAAGUUAAUUUCAGAGGCAUUGGGAUGCCUGCCUGAGGAAAUUGUGGAUUAUGAUUUGAGCGUCAUUGAUACUCAGCCAGCAACAAUUGGUGGUGCAUUUGAUGAAUUUAUUUUUGCACCACGUCUGGACAACCUGAUUUCUUGCUUUUGUGGUAUAAAGGCUCUUCUGCAAACGGACAAGAAUCUGGACACGGAAAACAUGAUAAGAAUGGUUUGUCUUUUUGAUAACGAAGAGAUUGGGUCUGAAACUUCACAAGGUGCAGGUGGAACCCUGGUUCCAGACUUGAUUGAGCAUAUUAUUGCCUCAAAAACGCUUCGAGCCACACUUGUGGCAAAUUCUUUUCUGCUUUCAGUGGAUGGUGCACACGCGCUGCAUCCAAAUUAUAAAGAUAAACACGAGGAAAACCACCGACCUCUUCUUCAUCGUGGACCUGUUAUUAAAUACAAUGCAAAUAUGCGUUAUGCUACAAAUGGUGCUACUGCCUCUAUUGUCAAGUCGAUUGCAAAGGAAGCUUUGGUUCCUGUGCAGGAAUUUUGUGUCAAGAAUGACUCUUCAUGUGGCUCGACAAUUGGACCCAUUCUUUCUUCCCUAUCUGGAAUAAGAACUGUUGAUAUUGGAAAUCCAAUGCUGAGCAUGCACAGUGUUCGAGAGAUGUGUGGAACUACAGACAUAUCUUACUUGACAAACUUCAUCGAAGCAUUCUUUACAAAUUAUGGGAAACACGUGAUAUCAUCAUAA